GCACCGCCUAGGUAAGAUGGUAGAUCCUUUUAUUUAAUCGCCUUUUCUGCAGUAUUAUUCUCAUCCGAUCCGCAUGGGAGGUAAUUAAAUCCGAUUCGUCUUCAAGCUCAAGUGUUUUCUGCGGCGCCAUGGACAAGAGCCACACAGUGAAGCUCUUCGUGGGCAACCUGGCGUUGGACACCACACAGGAGGAGCUGUCAGCUAUCUUCGAACCUUACGGCCAGGUGGUCAGCUGCAGUGUGCUGCGACAGUUUGCCUUCGUCCACCUGCAGGGCGAGGGUGCUGCCGAGCGUGCCAUCCGGGAGCUCAAUGGACGGGAGUUUCGUGGUCGGAAUUUGGUGGUGGAGGAGUCGAGGGGAAGGCCGUUGCACUCCACCAAGGUGUUUGUGGGUAAUCUGAGCGGGAUGUGCACCACAGAAGAUCUACAGCAGUUGUUCCAGACGUUUGGAAAAGUUCUCGAGUGUGACAAAGUCAAAGCCAGGCAUUCCUCUUCUGCAGGCUACGCCUUUGUUCACAUGGAAAACAAGGAAGAUGCGCUCCAGGCCAUCGAGGCCCUGCAUGGCACCUCGUUUAAGGGCCGCCCACUGUCUGUGGAGCUGUCCAAGGUCCAACCCAGUAAGCAGGCACCUACAGGGAAAAUCCCCUGUGUUAACUGUGGAAAGCAGGGUCACUAUGCUGGAGAAUGCCCUGUGGGGAAGCCUUCUCUGGAGCAGUACCAGAGUCAGGCAGCGGUCCUGGCUGCCGCCGCCGCCGCCGCUGCCGGACUGCCUCUACAGGUCCAACAGAGUGUGCACAAUUCAGUCUACAACACCUCCACUUUUGAUCCCACGUAUGCAGCUCUCACUGGGAUCACCACAGGCACACGCACUGAUGGAAAUCCAGUGAACCCAGCUGUUUACGGUGCCCUUGCCAGUCAGGUGUACGGUGCCAAUGUUGCCAACCAGCUUUAUGGUACGGUGGCCAAUCAGGCAGCUCUUACAUCAGGCGCCACCCAAGUGUACAGCUCGAUGACCCCCAACAUCUACGGUCAGAUGGCUGCAACUCCGGCGGCUGCGGCUGCUGCUGCUGCCGCCGCCGCCUACACGACUCCAGUUUACACCCCAACUGUGGCCAACCACCCCGUCUAUCUGGCUGCUGCUCCUGGAAUAGAAAUGCCAACAGCAGCGGCUGCGGUAAACCCUGCCUACACUGUAGCCCCAGCAAUUUAUGGUGCCGCCACACCAGCUUAUGCUCAUAUAAGCGCCAUGGGAGCAGCGGACCCAACCACAGCCAUCUUUGAGGCAGCCAGGCAGGCACAUUACUUUGCCCAAGGCCAGCAGGUUGUGGCUGAGCAGCAGACGGUGGCUGCUGCAGCGGCUGCGGCUGUGGCAAAGUCCGGUGAGAGGGACCGUAGUCCCCUGCGGAGGUCAGCACCUCUGCUGCCAGACCCUGUGAUGAAGCCGUUCAUGUACCAGAGAGCCAAGCCGCGCCGACCUCUGCUCCCCACGCCGGCUGGGCGAGCAGCAGAAGAGGCCGUCGAGGCUGCAGAGGACCCCAUGGCCAGGUACUAUGCGGAGUACUACCAGCAGCUGCAGCAGUACCCCCAGUUCCAGUAUGCCUACCCACCGCCGAGCACGGUGACAGCCAUCCCUGGCAUGCCGGGAGUGCAGGCUGUGCCAGCAGUCCCUACUGUACCCGCGAUGUCAGCCCAGCCGGUUGCUACGCUGGAUGCCCUCAGGCCAGUGGUCCCCACCGCUGCGGCAGUGGCAGCCGCCAUGGCUGCGCCCAGGGUGUAUGAGCCGCCGUUGCCGCCGCCCACGCGCAAGGAGGCCAUCCUCCGCCGCCCCGAACUCUCCCUUCACACGCCUGAGCCCCCCUUCCGAUAGUCGCACACAAUUCUCUGCCCCCCCCCCCAUCCCUCCCUCUCUGCCCUGAACCCCACCCCCACAUCUCCCUCUUCCACCCCAAACUUGACCACCUUACAGCAGCUGUAUGUGUGUGUAUGUCAGUGUGUGUGCGUCCUGGGGCUCGAAGUGUGUGUGGGGUAGGGUUUGAAACUGGGGGCCCCUUGGUUUGUUAACCUGCUUUAUGAGGGACUCGAUCAGCUAACCUUGGUCCUGUUUGCAUACACGGAGUGCAGCCAUGAAAGGGAGGCUCUCAUCUGUUGUAUGGGCAUUCUUUGUGCUUCUCAGUUUUACUUUUUUAUCGUGCCAGUCUCACACUUGUGCCAGUAUUAGACUGACCCAGUCAGUUGUUCCAUAUGCCUUUAUUUCUGCAGUUAUGAUUUUCUAAGGCCAAAUCUGCGAUAAAAGAGACCUUGGUUUUGAACCUAUCAGCCAUCCUCCUUAGGCCUAGAUGAUCAGUUAGGGCAGCUAAUUUGAAACCUUUUUUGCCUUAUGUUGAAGAGUUUAGAUUUGUAAUGUAAUCAGAUGGGAAGUCAGAUAAACACACAUUGUGUCCUGGCUGCAUUGCAUUGUAUCCAACAGAACCAAGGUUGAUGGUGCGUUUUGGGAGGGUGUUUGUCCUGAAUGUAGUCUGUCUGAAUGAUUGAAAAAGAGAGAGAGAGAGCGAUGUGUGGGCUCCUGACCUUGCAGCGCACAAACGCAGCAGCUAAGACUGCGCCAUGCAGAAAAACAAAACGUAAAGCACACGUAAUACGUACUGUAAUGUAUGUCUGGAUAUCUUCUCCACCCUUUUUCUGAAUCCCUUCCUCACCUUUAACUACAGCGCUGAAAGACACUGCUCCACCUCUCUUUCUAACUACAGCUGCCUACCUCUGACAGUAAAUUUCAUUGUAGAGUGUAUUCUAUUCUGUUCUAUUCUCUUCUAUUCCACACAUCUCAGCCAGUCAGCAGCUUAUUUCCUGCUCCUCGUAAAGGUACAGGGUCAGCAGUUUAGGGAGGAGCGGGAUUUUGGUCUACGAUGACUUUUGUAGAUAGUCCUUCAUGUUCAGAGGCCUUUCUUUUUAAAAUACUGUAUGUGUGUGUUUCGAUUGUUUCAGUGUAGUUUACAUGUAAUUCAAGUCAAACUGGGGUGUAAUGAACUGUAAAUGGAAAAAACCCAUGUGUGACUACUGAAUGAGCUGUUUACAGAGGAUCUUUACAUUGCAUCCUGUUAGGAAUCAUGAUAAAAAUGUGACAAGCUCAAUUAUGUGCCUAUAAGCUUUUGAGUAAAGUGCAUUAAGUGGAGGGAUCUCCCAUUUUAAGUGCUUUUGACAUUACUUUUUAAUCAUUUCAAAGGAGGGUGAAGGAGCCCUCCGGAGCUUCGUAGCCAGGAAGCUACAAGCUUUCUUUUGGAGCGUGUAUUACUUUUGUUUAAUAUCGUAGGGUUUUGAAAAAGCCACAAAUUGAGCCUCACAGGUUCAUAAUUAGCCACUGGUUUUAAGCAGAAACAAUAGCACCAAUGAUGACGUGAGAGAUGGGGCAUUGUCUUCCAGUUGCCCCAAAUAUCCUCCUUUUUCCCAAAUACCAGACCCGCUUCAGACUGUAAUUGCCAAAACGUUUGUGCAUCUGUUUUAAUCCGGUUGUUGUACCUGAUAGGUGGGAUUUUGCCACAUCUGGAAAACAAAAGCUUGACUUUUUGCUGGUCCUGAGUGACAAAUUCCACCCACCUGGUUCCUACAAACUCUUGGGAGUUUUUUUGCAACUACUAUUUGACGGCGGUCUGAUGCACACGCAGACAUACCCUCUGAAAUCACCUUACUGCCUCGCUGCUUCCCCCUUCUCCCCUCUCCCCCUGUGGUUUUUAGUGGUUCAGCGACUUUUGCAUUUCACAGUGUAAUCUUUCUGUGUCGUAUAUACAAACACAUACCAGUUGCAUCCUUUGUAGAAUUAUGUGGUUUGCGAAAUGUCUUGUUUGCCAUGUUUGAGACCGUAUUUUUUAGAGAAGUGUUUUCAUUUUGCCUUUUUUUAGGAAAAGACAAAACAAAAGUAAAAACAAUCGGCAUGCUUUUUAUUGAGAAUAUGUAUACUAUAAACAUUAUUAUAAUAAAGAAUGUUUGGCUGACUAUUGUGGUAAAAGAAAGCAAAGGGUUUGGACAUUUCCCCUUCUUCUUGUUUAUGUUGUUCUUCUCCACUAUCUGUUUCUCUUGUGUAAAAUGACCAUCAGACCCAUUUGACUGGGGACCCAGGGGGAGACAGGUGUAGAUGCUGGCCCAGCUUUGCUCUCUUUGGUCAGGGUAAGUGCGGGUUGGUGCUCCUUUCUCUCUCCAGCCUCUCAAACUGUGUGCAAACCAACAUUUAUGUGAAAGGUUUGCUCAGGCCAAUGUGUUUCAGUAUUGAAUUGUGGCAAGAAAGGCUUGCUUUGGUCCUUUAAUUUGAUUUUAAUGCAGAAAGGACAUUACACACACUGUGAAAACAUGUUGAGAGCUGGGGAGAGGCACACAGAUAGAAUGGCCUGGGUGCAUUUUGAUCUGUGGAGCAGUCCUGUUCCUGGGGUUGAUGGGUGUGCGUCUGGUCUGGUCUGGUCUGGUCUCUCCCUGCUGCACCAAAUUCUUCCCCCCUGCGUGUGUCUUUGUGUCCACUCUACUCUCAGACCUGCAUGUGUGAUAAUCUGUAACUCUGCCGCAAAAAAAAAAAAAAGCCCCACGACAGUCCAGCUCUGAACUAACUAUCUCAACUGAAUUAGGUCACCAUGCCGCCUGGAACGGCCAGCGUGCAGCCGUGCGUGAGCGUGGCGGCGUGAGCCAUGGGGACGACUUUUAGCGUGACGCCAACGCAGUGGGAACUUGUUCUCUCUCUCUUCACCACCAAGGUAAAUGAAAAAAAAACAGACAAAACAAAAACGAAAGCACUGACCUCUCCUCCCCACCUGCCGCCCCUCCUUUGACUGUGCCUUGACCAAACACUCCUCCCCCUCCUCUCCUCUGCCAUCACCACCUCCCCCUCUCCCCACCCCGUAACUCCUCCUCUGCUGCAAUGGCAGUGCCGCACCUACAGCCUUGGGCUUCUCCUUGGUGGGGGUGGCGGGCGGGGUGGAGGGGGCUUGGACCCCCUCCACAAGACUGACACCUGUCAGCAUACAAGGUGACUGACUAUGUCUAUGUCCUCUCUGCCCUGCUGGUGUCUGAAUUAGUGAGUAAAAGGAUGUGUGUGAAUGGGUGUGUGUGUGUGUGUGUGGGGGGGGGGGGGGGGGGGGGGGGGAGAAACAGAAAGAGCAUGGAUGUUUGAAGAACUUUCUGGGUGGUGUUUCAUUGACUGGUGAGGCUUGGCACAUGCAGACACACCCCCAACCUCCCCCUGCCCGCUAGUCAACUCCUCUCCACCGCCGUAUUCGCCGCCCUCACCCCGUCCCUCCCUCCUUCCCCUCCCUCUUCCUCCCCCUCCUCCUCCUCCUGAACCCCACCCUACUGUCCCUAUGCGCCUCUCCCUUUCCGCCGUUCACACACACACAACACAGCGCUUUUUCCGCCGCCACCGCCGUCGCCACCUUGGAUCUGGGUUCGUGGCUCUGGCUCGGACUCAACUUCCCAGAACCACCCACCUGACCCAACCCCCCCACCUCCCUUUGUUACCAUAGAGGCCUGGGCGUGCCAAUGGACAGUGUAUGUAUGGUGGCCUGCCGCCGGACUCAGUAACAUGACACAGAGAGACUUCAAUGUUGGACAAGUCGCUUUGCUAAAACUGUUGAAUGCUGGGUUUGCUCCACAUGGCUGUGGAGGGGAUCUUAACUUCUGUUUCCCAAAAUAACUUAGCUUCAAUAUAUUAAGAAAAAUGAUAAACCAACCUCCUACUGUAGAGGUUAACAGUUUUCUGACCUUUGGGUCCCUCACAGCCUGUGUGCCAAUCAGAAACGUCCUAUAAGAUAGGCCUAGGUAUGAGGCCAGUCUGACCUGUAGAUUCUCAUCAAUCUCAGGGUUCCUAUAGGACUUUUCUGGGAUGGCAGCUCUAUUGCUCUAAUACUGGGAUCAGCUGGACUGGCUGGAUAUGUGCUCUGAGUGACUUGUAUGUGUUUUCUUUCCUGUUGAGAUUGUCCAUGUGUUGACAUAGAGAGCUUAACCCUCACACACGAUUCCACGCUCGCUGGCUUUCAGUUCGUCGAACGAGUUGUGCGACAGCUGUGAGGUGGAGUCGAGACAGAGGGUUUUGUCUUCUGUCUGCCUAACAAACAGAGGGAAGGGUAGAAGAAAGAGGGGAGUUAAUAAUUGAGUUGAUAAUAAGGUGAGUUGGUUUUGGAAGGUGCUCCCUGACUUCACCUUCCUGAUCUUGGAGGACCCUAUUGUUGAUUGCAUUAAUAUACGGGCCGGAAUUUUCUUCUAAAAAAGGACCUGUUCAUACUCUACACUUUAUUGUCCAUAGUGUAUCGUGAUAAUGCUGCCUCUGUCUCUUAGGUCUCGGUUUCUUAGAUACACUUCAUCUCAGUUUACUAAAAUGUAGAAUUCCACCAAAACUGAUUUUGCAUUCACAGACACGAUUUGCUCCAAAGAUAAAGGAAAGUUUCAUAUUUCCACAGCAUCCGAUUGUUGUACGUGUUGUCAGGGAAAACAAAGCAGCUAAAAGUCGGUUUUACUAAAAUUCUUCUUUAAACAGUGCAGCUGCAGAAUGAGUAGAUAAAGCACUGACCACUGGCCUCCAUGAUCAGGGCGUGCGGUGUUCCAGUUUUUUUUUUUUCUUCCAGCCAUCUCAUCCUCCUCACUCUCCCAACUCCACACUAAAAGCCUUUUUCAGGUGCUUGUGAGUCUGGGCUUCCUGUGCUUGGGUGAAUGCAGCCACGCAUCUCUAAACCCCCUCCCCUCCCCACCCCCCUGCUCUGAAUUCACAGUCACACUGUACUGACAGCCAAAGCUCGCUGCAGCCUCCUCCCUACUUCCACUUCCUCACCCACUCUCCCCCCUUGCCUUCUGUGGUUUGGACGGCUGAAGAACUGUAAUCCAGAUGCUCUAUAUGCACACAUCUCUGUGUUGUGUUGUUUUAACGGGAUCCCGCAGGUUACAUCUGUUCUCCUGCAGCAGGUAUCAGCUGAGAUGUGCAAGUGUGUGCCUCUGGAACACAACCCGCUCCAGUUAGGUUUGAGCACAACCCAUACAGACCAUAUUGCCUUUGAGUUUGCAAGUCGAGGUUGAGUAGGUUUCAUUAACGUGAUCGUGACUAUUCCAGCUCCUCAAGCACAGAUGAUAAUUACAGAUAUCAGACUCUACUGCAGCUCAUCCCUCUUCUGAUAAAGACACUAGCGGUAGAGUCAUACCUCAGCCAUUACCUCAGCUACAGGGCAUGGACACAACAUGAACGCCUGCAGAAUGCAAUACAAUUAAAUACAGUACCUCUGCAUUAAUACAUUCAUUUCAUUGUUAAGAAUUUGUAUAAAAAAAUUGGUACCUCUUGAUGCUGCAGGGUGCAGUGGUGGUGUAUUGGCUUGUAUUACAUUCUCAGGUGUUUGUUAUUUUGCCCCCCUGCCCAUUUAUGUUUAAUAGCCACCAGAGGCCAAGACUGUCUUUUUCCGUGGUCCAUUUUAUUAUCAAAUCUCACAUAGUUGCAUUAUGUUUACAGUGAUCAACUUCUUAAAAUCCCCCAGCUCAGUAGCAGCACAGUAAUGUACCUAAUGUUAACCCCAAAUAGUCCACACAGUAUCUAAGCGUCUUCAAGUAGGUUAAUGGACCAAGCUUAGUGUAAGUACAUUUAAAUGCCUGAUUAAUUAUAAUGUAAGUCAUUCUAGUUUCCAAAGACACAUCAAGGGCGACCGAAUAAUGUGUCACCUUGAGAGAAAUCUGCUCAUUUCAAGUGAAAUUUGUUCCAGCACAAAGUUGAACGCGACGGGGGGGAUUGUAGUUGAUGAAUGUUAGAUGAAAUGUUUGCGUCAACAUGUUUACUGUGAAUGACAAAUCCUGAUAUAAACACAAAUUAUAUUGUACGGUUGUGUAUGCAUAUAUAUGCCUUUUAACCUGUAUUUCUUAAAAUGUUGAGGCAUUUUUCAAUCUGCAUGCAAAUCAUGAAUAAAUUCAUUUUUAUCUGA